UUUUCUUAUUUAAUAUCAACCCGGAUAGAGGAUUCACUAUCCGGGUCUCUCCCUGAACCUGCAUUGCCCAGCUCUACGUGCAAGAAUAGCAGCAACAAGUUUUCUGGGAAUUUCCCGGAAUUUUUUAAUGGCUUUCAAGGGAUCAAGGAGCUCGAUCUAUACAAUAACAUGUUUUCGGGUUCUAUUCCUCAGAGUUUAACUUCGUUAAACCUUGAAAAAUUGAAUCUUUCGCACAAUAAUUUUAGUGGGAUGUUGCCUAUUUUUUAUGAACCAAAAUUUGGUCCGGAGGUUUUUGAAGGGAACGAUCCUAGUCUUUUUGGGUUGCCAUUAAGAAGUUGCAGCGACAGUUCAAGACUGAUCUCAGGUGCAAUUGCUGGCUUUGUGAUUGGAUUAAUGACUGGAGUCGUAGUUUUGGCCUCAGUGUUGAUUGGCUAUAUGCAAAACAAAAAGAGAAAAGAUAAGGAGGACAGUGAAGAUGAUAUAGAGGAAGGAGAAGAUGAUGAAAAUGGUGGCACUGGCCGCGGCGAAGGAAAGCUAAUUUUGUUUGAAGGCGGCGAGCAUUUGACAUUAGAGGAUGUUCUGAAUGCGACAGGACAAGUAACCGAGAAAACUAGUUAUGGGAGUGUUUACAAAGCAAAGCUUGCUGAUGGAGGUACAAUUGCUUUAAGGUUGUUGAAAGAAGGUAGUUGCAAGGAUAGAAGUUCGUGCUUACAAGUGAUAAAAGAACUGGAAAAAAGUCGACAUGAGAACCUGAUUCCUUUGAGAGCUUUCUACCGGGGAAUAAAAGGGGAGAAGCUGCUCAUAUAUGACCAUCUUCCUAACAGAAACCUUCAUGAUCUUUUACAUGAAGCUGGAAAACCAGUGUUGAACUGGGCUAAGCGGCGCAAGAUUGCAUUGGCUAUAGCCAGGGGACUAGCACAUCUUCAUGCAGGCUUUGAGACACCCAUUACCCAUGGAAAUGUGAGAUCCAAAAAUGUGGUUGUGGAUGAAUUAUUUGUUGACAGGCUUACUGAAUUUGUGCUUGACAAGCUAAUGGUUCCAGCCGUGGCUGAUGAGAUAGUGGCACUGGCAAAAACAGAUGGUUACAAAGCACCAGAGCUUCAGAGGAUGAAGAAAUGCAAUUCCAGUACAGAUGUUUUUGCAUUCGGAAUACUUUUACUGGAGAUUUUGAUAGGCAAAAAACCUGGGAAGAAUGGGAGAAACUGUGAUUUUGUGGACUUCCCUUCAAUGGUAAAAGUGGCAGUUUUGGAGGAAACAACAAUGCAGAUUUUUGAUGUGGAGAUUUUGAAGGGGAUAAAGAAUCCAAUGGAAGAAGGAUUGAUUCCGGCACUGAAACUGGCAAUGGGGUGCUGUGCUCCAGUGGCUUCAGUUAGACCCACCAUGGAUGAAGUUGUGAAGCAAUUGGAAGAGAACAGACCGAGAAACAGGUCUGCUUUGUACAGUCCUGCCGAAACAAGAAGCGAAAACGGAACCGUUUCUAAUGAAAUAUAAUCAUAUUCCCUUCCUUUUUUCUAUUUCCAGGUAAAAUUAUGAUGACAUAUGUAAUUGGAAUCAGGAGUAAAUUGA